AUGACGAGAAUCCAUUCCAUAGGGUUUGCAUUAGUUAAAACAGAUCAAGAUGAUGAAUAUCAACCAAUGGAAGAUCUGUUUGACACAAUAACACUAAUCGUUAAAGAACUGCUUCCAGAGGAAGUAGCAAGAAGAUUUGGGGUUUUGGAGGAUGAUGAGCUUGACAAGGAUGGGAUAUUUAGACGAUUAACCAAAUAUCGAAAUCGUAAAGAUGUUAAACAAAUACUAACACAGGUCUAUAGUAGAGCCGUCGGGCCUGAAGUUGAUAGUCUGAAACACUACAAAGAGCUUCAGCCUCAAUUGAUUAAUGACAUGAUUAAAAAAACUUGUAUAAAGAAAGAUUCUUUAUUUAUUGAUCUGGGAUGUGGAGUUGGUAAUGUAGUUUUACAAGUUGCAGCUCAAACAGGUUGUACAUCAAUCGGAAUAGAAACAGCGGAUAAUCCAAGUGCACUUUCAAUGAAACAUUUAGCUGAAUUUAAAGCUCGUGCAAAUUAUUAUGGAUUAGAAUAUGGAGAUAUUGUUAUUAGAAAAGGGGACUUUUUAAAUGACAUGGACACCUUAAAAGAUAUAGAACAAGCAGACGUACUAUUAGCAAACAAUUUUAUGUUUAGUCCAAUGCUUAACCAACAACUAUUAAAUUUGUUCUUAAAUUGCAAGAAUGGUGCAAAAAUCAUCUCAUUGAAAAGUUUUGUAUCAAGCAAUAAACGAAUUAAUGGUAGGACAGCCAACGCUGUUGAAUCCAUAUUAACAAAUGUAGAAGAGCAUUAUUAUAAAUCUGGGUCGGUUAGUUGGACUAACAAUCAAGGCGUUUAUUAUGUGGCAACGAUAAGUAGAGAACCUUUAAAAAUUUUUUGGGAUAGUUUUUCAAAUAAUAAUAAUGGUAAUGGUACAAGACGUUCUAGGAGACAACGUAAUUAA